GAGAAAUCAACCUAAAUACCAACGUAUUUCGAAAUCAACAAACGCUGGGAAGCUGAAAUGAAGGCAAAGAAAGUCUUAGGUAUAAAGAAAAAAAUCAAAAAAUAAAUUUACAUCAUUUUCAUCAAUGAGGAGUACCUAGGUUCUCCUCAAAAUACAAAUUAAUUUUUGCUUAAAAAGCAUGAAUCAAUAGAAACCAAUAACGGAAAAGAAGUAUAACCACCAGGGAGCAUGCUAUCAUAUCUAUUAAAUGAAAAGAAGAUUGAUCAUUAAUCGAAUAAUCCCAAUAAUUUUGAGUUAAUCAAAGACACAUUAGAACUGUCCUAACUCCCUAAUAAUUACUACCAAAUUUGAAC